AUGGCCUCGGUGGGCGUGGUGCGCUCUUCUUUGGGAUUUCAGAAUGGCACAAGUUCUAGCAGUGACGCAGAUCGACUUCCGAACGAGUUGGGCAAUAUGAGCAUAAGGGAUGAUAAGGGCGUUGAAGAUAUUGUAGUCAAUGGCAAUGGGGCGGAGCCUGGUCAUAUCAUAGUGACCAGCAUUGAUGGGAGAAAUGGGCAGGCAAAGCAGACCAUUAGUUACAUGGCUGAGCGGGUGGUAGGUCAUGGGUCCUUCGGAACUGUUUUCCAGGCCAAGUGUCUGGAAACUGGUGAGACCGUAGCUAUAAAAAAGGUUCUUCAAGACAAGAGAUAUAAGAAUCGUGAGCUGCAAACUAUGCGAGUGCUUGACCACCCAAAUGUGGUGGCUCUAAAGCACUGUUUCUUCUCAAAGACUGAGAAAGAGGAGCUUUACCUCAAUUUGGUGCUUGAGUAUGUGCCGGAGACUGCUCAUCGUGUCAUUAAACAUUAUAACAAGAUGAACCAGUGCAUGCCUUUGAUUUAUGCAAAACUUUAUAUGUAUCAGAUUUGUAGAGCUUUGGCAUACAUUCAUAACAGCAUUGGAGUGUGCCACAGGGACAUUAAGCCGCAAAAUCUCCUGGUUAAUCCUCAUACCCAUCAGCUAAAACUGUGUGACUUCGGCAGCGCGAAAGUUCUGGUAAAAGGCGAACCAAACAUUUCUUACAUCUGUUCUAGGUACUACAGAGCUCCAGAGCUCAUAUUUGGUGCUACUGAAUACACUACAGCCAUUGAUGUUUGGUCUGCUGGCUGUGUACUCGCUGAGCUGCUUCUAGGGCAGCCUCUAUUCCCUGGAGAAAGCGGUGUUGAUCAGCUUGUUGAAAUCAUCAAGGUUCUGGGCACACCCACACGUGAAGAAAUUAAGUGCAUGAAUCCAAAUUAUACCGAGUUUAAAUUCCCUCAAAUCAAAGCUCACCCAUGGCAUAAGAUCUUCUAUAAAAGGAUGCCUGCUGAAGCAGUAGAUCUCGUGUCCAGACUUCUGCAGUACUCACCAAAACUUCGGUCCACUGCUUUGGAAGCAUUGAUCCAUCCAUUCUUUGAUGAACUUCGGGAUCCAAACACCCGCUUACCGAAUGGCCGCUUUCUUCCGCCUCUCUUCAAUUUCAAGCCCCAUGGUAAACCUGUUAUACUGACUUCGCUUGCGCUGAUAAAAAAACCUCGAAACAACUCAUCAACUGAUAUGUUGUUGCAAUGUUGCUACUCUGGUGGUAUCGAAACAGAGCUGAAGAGUGUGCCGAUGGAUUUCCUGGUGAAGUUGAUCCCUGAGCAUGCGCGGAAGCAAUGUGCCUUCGUAGGGUGGUGA